UGAUGAUGUAACGCCUCAUGAUUGGCUGACAUGGGACAGGCCAUAGACUUCCGGUAUUGGGCAGGCAAGGCAAGUAGUGAAAACGUCCGAGUGCUGGUGGAGAGGGCAGAUGCUUUGUCCAAAAGUCAUGUCCCUCCCUGCCUACAAACUGGACACAAGGAUGGCUCGGUAAUGACACGAAUCGUAUGGGAGGCUGACAUCGUCAUAUCAACUUCCUAAAGCAGAAAAUUAACAUCCCAGUGGGAGGGAGAUGCCAGCACAUUGGAAUGUUGCAGCUGCUUGGAAGGCAUUGAACUCUUAUUAGGUGAGAGGCUAGAUUUAGCCCAGGUCUUUCUAUGUCAUGGAGGACAAGAGGAAUAUACAGAUCAUUGAGUGGGAACAUUUGGAUAAGAAAAAGUUCUAUGUCUUUGGAGUAUGUAUGACAAUGAUGAUCCGGGUGAGCGUAUACCCGUUCACCCUUAUCCGGACACGGUUGCAAGUACAAAAGGGAAAGAGUCUAUAUAAUGGAACAUUUGAUGCAUUUGUAAAGAUUUUGAGAACGGAGGGAGCCCCUGGUUUUUAUAGGGGUUUUUUAGUCAACACAUUCACUCUGUUCUCCGGCCAAUGCUAUGUUACCACUUACGAACUGACACGCAGGUAUGUGUCUAACUAUACCAGCAGCAAUACAGUCAAGUCUCUAGUAGCUGGGGGGUCUGCCUCUCUGGUAGCACAAAGCAUCACUGUCCCUAUUGAUAUCAUCUCCCAGCAUCUCAUGAUGCAAAGGAAAGGGGAGAGCAUGGGACGGUUCCGGAUACAAGUGGAUGGAAAACAGUCAGUUGUGUGUGGCCAAACCAAGACUAUCAUUGUAGAGAUUUUCAAGGCAGAUGGUAUGCGUGGAUUCUACAGGGGCUACGUUGCUUCUCUACUGACCUACAUACCUAACAGUGCUGUGUGGUGGCCUUUUUAUCAUUUCUACGCAGAGCAAUUGUCCCGCUUGAGUCCCAAUGACUGCCCACAUCUCCUGCUACAGGCUAUUUCUGGACCACUUGCAGCAGCCACAGCUUCCACACUCACUAACCCAAUGGACGUCAUUAGGGCACGAGUGCAGGUAGAAGGCAAGAAUUCCAUUAUCAACACAUUCAAACAGCUUAUGGCAGAGGAAGGUCCUUUGGGACUGACCAAAGGCCUCUCUGCCAGAAUCAUUUCGGCCACACCUUCAACUAUUGUCAUAGUAGUGGGAUAUGAGACACUGAAGAAACUCAGCCUUCGUCCAGAGCUGGUUGACUCAAGACAUUGGUGAUUCUGUAAAUAAAGUGGUUAUAUAAAUUGUGAACGUACGCCAUACAGGGGAUUCCACUGGUGGAAUUUGGAAAGUGUUCAGCACUGGAGAUGUCAUUUGUGUGUGUAUAUAUAUAUAUAUAUGAUGGGACAUUUUUGUGGACUAUGCUUGUGUCAUGUUGAAUGACAUUCACUGCUGCUGGUCUGAAUUUGGACAAAUUAUAUUUCAGGGAAAAGCCACUGAAGAACUGAAUAUUGAUUGAUAUAAAAUAUGAUAGACACAGCUCUACAUUGGAUUUGGAAAUGCAGAAUCAUGCCCAAGUCCUUGUUUUCAGUUUGAUAUGCUGGAAUUUUUUUUUUUAUUAUUUUUUUUUUAAAAAAGAAUUGGGUCUUUGUCCGUUUUUAAAGAGACUAGGUUUUUACAGAGUUAAUUAAUUUUAUUUUUAAUGUAAUUGCCAAAUGAGGUUAGGGCGUUUACAGGAACUUAAAGGUACAUGGUAAUAUCUGUAACUUUUUAAGCGUCAAAUGAAUGACUAAGAAAAAGUCCCUCAACUAUUCUUACAAGUUAACAAGUGUAUAUAUGGGUAAAUGUUUUUAUUGUUAUUUAAUUAUAAUUCUUCACACUGUGGAGUGCUAUCUAUAUAGAGGUAAAUAGAGAUUGAUCGUUAUCAAGCAAGCUUUUGAUCAGAGGACAAUGUCCACCCUGUUUAACCUCUGUUACUAAACAGUAUACUGAAA